AUGGGCGUGCCGCUCCCGCCGCCGGACGACUACCCGCACUGCCUGCGCUGCCAGCUGCACCGCCGCAUCUGGACGUCGUCGGUCGGCGAGCUGCUGCGCCACUUUGAUGGGAGCGGCGGGACGAGCAGCGGCGGCGGGCUCGGGGCUGUCUUCGUAAAGCCUCUCGACCGCAGGAAACGCUUCACAGGGUUCGUGGUGGCGCAGCCGGACGACCUGGCCUCGCACGGCCUCACGCGACGCGCGGAGCGGCUGCUGUGCGCCUCCGCCGUCCGCUGGCUCACGGAGUGGCGCGUGUACGUCGCCGAGGGCGAGGUCCUCGCGUGCUGCAACUACGCCGGCGACCCGGCUCUCCAGGUGGAAGCGACCGUAGUGCAGGAAGGCGUCGCUGCAAGGAGUGCUGCGCCUGGAUGCCCCGCGGGCUACGCGCUCGAUUACGGCGUGCUCGACCCGGGGGAUGCCCCGCGCGCCUGA